UACCAGUGCGAUGUCUCAACCUUCGACGCCGUCUCGAGAGUGGCAGCAACGAUCGCGAGCGAGGUGGGCUCCCCGACGAUGGUAAUCAAUUGUGUGGGCAUCGUCAAUGGCAAGACGCUCAUCGACUUGACGCCAGAGGAAGUUCAACGAUCCAUCAACUGCAAUCUAGCGGGACACUUCUGGAUCGCCAAAUGCUUCCUGCCCGAGAUGCUUGCUCGCAACCGAGGCCACUUGAUCACGAUCUCCUCGACCUUGGGCAUGAAAGGUGUCAGUCAACUGACUGACUACACAGCGACCAAGUUUGGACUCAUCGGAAUGCACGAGUCGCUUCGACAAGAGCUAUCCAAAACCAACGUUCGGACAUCAUGCAUCUACCCCGGACUGGUCAACACAGCCCUCUUCAGCGGCGUUCAGUACCGACUCUCCCAGCUCUUUCCAGUUCUGGAGUCCCAAGAUGUCGCCCGCACAAUCGUGUCCGUCCUGGAGUCGAACCGCAGCCAGGAUGUCGUCUUGCCCUUCAUCUUCAACUUUAUGCCGCUCAUGCGAGCGUUUCCGAUCGAAAUCACUGAUCUGGCCACAACGCUUCUGGGGGCAAACGAAAACAUGAAGCAGCACCGCAAACAGAGAUAG